UUUCGUGCAGCAAGGGAAGCUGCAGAUGCGAUUGGAGCACAGAUGGUACUGGGAGAUCGACCUAUUGAGAUCACUCUGCGCCGUGCAUGGAAGGCUCUCUCUCUUCCUGACCGCGCUCGCCUUGCCUCAGCCCUCCUGCAAGGCGGGCUGAAAGGAGGGGGCGCUUUGGAGCAGGGCAGGCUGAAAGGGGAGUUGUUGAAGCGGCGUGGUGAUUCUAACAGUGAAGGGAUGGUGACUCCGAAUGUGGAUGGAGGUGUGGAAGUUGCACGGCAGUUUCCCACGCUCAUAGGCCCACUGGUGCAUGAGAGGGAUGCGUAUCUAGCAUGGGCCUUAAAACGGAGCAAGGCCGUGAGAGGAUGUGACAGGGUGGUCGGCGUGGUGGGGCGAGGGCACUUGCCUGGCGUCGUGCACUUCUUGUUGCAAGAUAAUGAGCAAAGAACACUGCGAUUUAAGCAGCUUGUCGGGGCCAGUGCAUCGGAUGAAAAGGAUUCAGGAAAAGGAGGAAUGGCUGCGCGUGUGGCUAAAAGGUUCCGUACGUCUCGUUUAGUUGUUUCGGCAACAGCCCGUCGCAAAGAAUGUCCCAGCGAGGAAGCAUGUAUCGAGGAUCCGUACGACAAGAGCUGUCAAAAUGCGAAUGAUUGCCAGGUGGCCGGAAAUGAAUGGACGCGACGGGAGAUGAUGGCUGCUACCGGCAGCAGCUUAGCAGCCGUAGCGCUCGCUAUUGUCACUUCAGGCGCUGUGACUGUUCCAAUAGCCAACGCAGGCCCAGCAACAGCGCCGGCACCAACAGCUGCCGGUGCUGCAGUGGACACUGCUUCCUGGAAGCUUCUCGAGAGUGCGUUUGGGUUCUCCUUCCUCUACCCGUCCUCCUAUAUAGUCACAAUCAACCGCAAGAACGACCCAGCGGAUGCCCCGCUCACAGCAGAUGGCGCUCAGGCCCUAGCAGUCGUGGGCAACUUUGUCACAUUCGACACGAUGAGUGUCAUUCGCUAUGCCUUCACUCCAAAUCCAGACAAGCUUGCUCCCCUCAUCCAACGUAUCCUGCCCAAUGGGAAUCUAAGCACCUCAUUGGUCGAGGACACGGUGUUUCCAAACCAGCCAAUCAUAGAGCUUCCUCUGGAUCUCCAAAAGAUUCUCUCCGCCCUGGCAUCACCGGCAGGACUCAGUUUUGAUGUGAUAACAGAGACGUGCCGAGGCAGGAUAGAGGAGGGGAAGGGGGGAGUGGGUGAGUGUGUGUCGGUUCGAGGGGCAGACCUCGUUCAACCAAUCGUGCGCCGCCACAUAGGCCGGAUACUCCUGUCAGAAGGCUACCUCUAUGUCAUCACAGCAUCAUGCACAGAGGCACGGUGGCCAAUAAUGAGCGCACAGCUGCUAGCAACCCUCCAGUCAUUUGCCUUCCUCUGA